AUGGGGGUGCUGAUGUCCAGGCGGCAGACGGUGGAGAAGGUGCAGAAGGUCAGCUUGGCUGUGUCAGCCUGGGGGCCGGGCGGGGGGGACCGGCCCUCGACACGGCGGCGGGCAGAAGCGGGGGCCACACACCGGGGAACACUGGAGCAGGAGGUGCAGGAGGGAGAGGAGGAGGCAUCGGCGGGACCCUCCCAGUCAGAGGAGAGCAGUGCCAGCAAGGCGGCAUGGGAACGGCUGCGGGACGGCCGUGGCGUGGAGCCAGAGGAGUUUGACCGAGCCAACAGGUUCACGCCACCUGCCUUCAUCCGGCCCAAGCGGGAGCUGCACGACGAUGAGCCCCUGGACAUCAGCCUGGAGCAGCGGGAGCAGGUCAUCAAUGACGAGAUGUGUGACAACCUCAAUCUCCUGCUGACAGAGGAAGAGAUGUACAGCCUGAUGGAGACCCUGCAGAAAUGCAAGAUCAUUCCAGAGACCUGCCUGACCCUGGAUGACUUCCUGCACUACAAGCACCUGGUGCACAAGCAGCAGUUUGAGCGGCCCAUGGCCGAGGCGCAGGAGGAGCAGGCAGCUCUGCAGUUCUCUGCCCUGGACCCUGAUAAGAAGGGGCACAUCGAGUGGCAUGACUUCCUCUCCCAUGAGUCCAUCCAGCUGCUGCAGCAACUACGGCCACAGUGUCGCCGUGCCCGGAACACCUGGUUCCGCAAGCACCAGAAGGAGACACCGUCCUGCAACGUCAGCAUCAGCCACGUCGGGCCCAUGUCAGAGAGCAGCCCUGCCAGCAGCG